AUGGAAAAUCCAACUCCCACUAGCGCGAGCACUCCAACAGCCAAUAAAGCGAUGCCGCUAUCUUUGAUGUCAAAUACUGAUUUUGACACUCCCCACAUAACACCGCCCGCUAUAAUAAAGAGUAAUGCAAAUAUUGCAAAGCAAAACUCCUUGGAGCAACAUUCUGGCUGUGGUGGUGGAGUAGCAAUCAUGGUUGGAGGAUUAUUGAAAAUCACCACAGGAACUCCCGUCCCCGGAGUACCAUUCCCAGGCGUGUAUACUACAGGAUUAUUUGGGUUCUAA